AUGAUCAUUCUGGUCCGCCAUGCGCAGUCAGAAGGAAAUAAGAACCGCGAUAUCCAUCAGACCACUCCCGACCAUCGAGUGAAACUAACGUCCGAAGGACAUCGACAAGCACUAGAGGCGGGCCGUCGAUUACGCGACCUUCUUCACCCCGAUGAUACCCUCCACUUCUUUACUUCUCCAUAUCGGCGGACAAGGGAAACAACCGAAGGUAUGCUGGAGUCGUUAACCUCCGACGACCCUUCGCCAUCGCCGUUUCCGAGACAUGGCAUCAAAGUGUAUGAAGAGCCUCGACUACGAGAACAAGACUUUGGCAACUUCCAACCAUGCUCGACCGAGAUGGAGCGCAUGUGGAUGGAACGGGCAGAUUAUGGCCACUUCUUCUAUCGUAUUCCCAACGGCGAGUCCGCCGCAGAUGCCUACGACCGCGUGAGCGGGUUUAACGAAUCGCUGUGGCGACUCUUUGGCGAGGAGGACUUUGCCAAUGUAUGCGUUCUCGUCACGCACGGCCUAAUGACGCGAGUCUUUCUCAUGAAGUGGUAUCAUUGGAGUGUGGAAUACUUCGAGGACCUGCGCAAUAUCAACCAUUGCGAGUUUGUGGUCCUGACUCUCAACCCGGACAAUGGCAAAUACACUCUACAGAAUAAAUUACGUACAUGGUCCGACUUGCGAAAAGAGAGAGAACGCGAGCACGAGGCGAACAAUCAACCUCCUGCAACCAACAAUCCUUCAGACCACAUUCCUAUUCGCCGAAAAUGGGGUGGAUGUCCUGACGGAUGUACUCAUGGAUUGACCGGCGAUGCCAAGAAGUCUCUCCGAGCCCAGUUGGUGGAAUCAAUGCACCGUGGACAUGUACGAGGCAAUGUCGCUACGCAUCCAGAUCAGCCAUCGCCGUUGAAACAAGCAGCUUCAACAUCCGAUAGCAUGGAAGGGUCAUUCCCCUUCCCAAAUGAUAAAAGCAUAUCCACCUUACACGGCACCAACAAGAGCUCUCAUCCCACCAAUCAGUCGGAGGAUGAGUCCAAAGAUACACACAGGCGUUCUUCCAGUUCCGACAUUCGCUAUAUUUCUCGUCCCAUCCGCCCCAGUCUAGGUCCCCAUCGCGAUAGCGAAGACCAUCUCCUCCACCCUCCAGCUUCAUCAUCGUCGACCGUGAACCUCAAAUUGGCUCUCCUCCAUCUAGGCGGCCGCGACGGAGGUGGCUCCAUGAGCGGUGCAAACAGUCUCGCGCCCUCCGAUGACGAAGGUGAUGAUCACGACCACCAUCACCACCACGGUUCUCGUACCCCCCAUGAGAAACACUCGCACUCGCACGUGCACUCUACCACCACGUCUAACCCAUCACAAGACCUCGAAAACGACGGCGACGACGAACUUAGUGCACAUCCAACCGAGGGAUCAAAGCGUCGUCCACACCAUCAUCAUCAUCCCCAUCACCAUCACCACCACAAUCAUCACAUUACAUCGACAUCUACACAACCUAAUACCCGCCCCACCCACCAAAGACAAGCCUCACACUCAGAAUCCCAACCACCCCACGGAAUGGCAAACAUCCUCGGCGACGGCGACGACGAAAUCUCCACCAGCGAAGAGAUACAAACACCGCGCAUCACGGAGCCUCAAACACCACAGACUAACCACAGCGAAAACGAGCUGGCGAAUACCCAAAAUGAGGAGCUCUGUCUGGAGGCGCAGAGGCGUGAGGAUCAGAGUAUUCAGGGGAGUGUUUAUUGA